ACCGCUUUUGGAUCAUCAAAACCCUUUCUUUCCAAAAACCCAAACCCUUGGCGGCUGUGAGACCCGUUGUUGCUCCAUCACUCUACUCUCUCUCUCUCUCUUCUCAUCUCUUUCUCUCACUAGCGAAAUCUUUCUCUUAGGGUUUCCUAAAACCCCAAUUAUCCAAUUCUCUGUUUGUGUGUUGUUUUAGGGUUUAUUAUUGAAGAAGAGUGAAGAUUUAUUAAAAAGAUAAAGGGAUCUUUAAAUCUGGUCAUGGCUACCGUUUCACCUGCGGAUCAAACAGCUACUGAUUUGCUUCAGAAGUUGACAUUAGAUACUCAAACCAAAGCUUUGGAUAUUCCUGAGCCAACCAAGAAGCCAACUGCUAACCAGUUUGGUUCAGUUGACUCUGGCAAUGCUCCUAAUGGUCAGAUCCCAUCAGCAGAGCGGUCAAUGACUCCAGUUCUACCGGAUUUCAUGGAUCCUUCAAUGUGCUAUGUCCCAAAUGCUGCUUAUCCUUCUUACUACUUUGGAGGAGCCUAUGAUGGUACCAGUAAUGAUUGGGAUGACUACUCGAGAUAUGUGAAUCCAGAUGGAGUGGAUAUGAACACUGGAGUUUAUGGGGAUAAUGGGUCUUUGUUGUAUCAUCACGGUUACGGGUAUGCGCCUUAUGGUCCAUAUUCACCAGCUGCAUCACCAGUUCCCACCAUGGGAAAUGAUGGUCAGCUGUAUGGACCACAGCACUACCAGUACCCGCCUUAUUUCCAGCCGCUUACUCCAAAUAGUGCGCCAUUUACACCUAAUCCUGCAGUUUCACAAAGCGAGGUUUCUACUUCAGUAGCUGCUGAUCAGAAGCCUCUGCCUGUUGAAACAGCUAAUGGAAAUGCUAAUGGCAUUGUAAACACUGCCAACAACAUGAAGGGGAAUAAUAAUAAUGGUUCGGCGGCUCCUCUUAAACCAGCAUCGUACCAGAACUCAUCUUUUAACUCGAAUGGUUCGUACGGAAGGGGUCCUUUGCCAGGUCGUGUUUCUACUCCUGGUUAUCAGGAUCCGAGAUUUGGUUUUGAUGGUUUACGUUCUGGAAUUCCAUGUUUAGAUGCACCACUUUUUUCAGAUUGGCAGCCGAGGCCGGUGACAAGCUCAACUAUAACUUCAUCAAUAUCAAAUGGCAACAAUCCAUCAAGGAAUCAAAAUUAUCGCCCGAAUUCACAGUUCAUGGGAGUGCAUCACCCUAGACCGUUGUCUGCUAUGAGUCCGGGGUACAUUAACAGACUUUAUCCAAACAAGCUAUACGGUCAGUAUAGCAACGCCAUUAGAUCUGGCAUGGGAUUUGGAUAUGGAUACGAUUCACGACCAAACCAACGAACAUGGUUAGCUGUUGAUGGAAAGUACAAGCCAAGGGGGCGAAAUGGUGGUUACUAUGGAUAUGGUAACGAGAACAUGGACGGCUUAAAUGAAUUGAACAGAGGGCCUAGAGCCAAGGGUUCCAAGAACCAAAAGGAGUUUGCUGCACCCCCUACUCUUGCAGUUAAGGGUCAAAACUUGCCAACAACAGUUACUAAUGACAAGGAGAAGGACAAGACUGUUGGUGUUCCUGACCGUGAACAAUACAACAAGGCAGAUUUCUCAGAGGAAUAUGCUGAUGCCAAGUGUUUCAUUAUAAAGUCUUACAGUGAGGAUGAUGUUCACAAGAGUAUCAAGUAUAGUGUUUGGGCAAGUACUCCUAAUGGUAACAAGAAGCUUCAUGCUGCAUACAUGGAGGCUCAGGAGAAGCCUGGCAGCUGCCCUGUAUUCCUCUUUUUCUCGGUCAAUACUAGCGGGCAAUUUGUUGGUUUAGCUGAGAUGACAGGACCAGUUGAUUUCAACAAGAACCUCGAGUAUUGGCAACAAGACAAAUGGAACGGCUGCUUCCCAGUCAAGUGGCACAUCGUUAAAGACGUACCUAACAGUUUGUUGAAGCACAUUACCCUCGACAACAACGAGAACAAACCCGUGACAAACAGCAGGGACACUCAAGAGGUCAAGCUGGAGCCAGGGCUUAAAUUGAUCAAGAUAUUCAAGGAGCACUCGAGCAAGACUUGUAUCCUUGACGAUUUUGGCUUUUACGAGACUCGCCAGAAGACUAUUCAGGAGAAGAAAGCUAAGCAACAGCAAUUUCAGAAACAGGUGUGGGAAGGAAAGCCGGUCGAUGAGAAGAAGGAAGUAGUGGCAAAUGGAGAGUUGAACCCAAAACCGUCUGAGGUUGUUUCAUCAGAGGUCACUAAGGAUGCUUUGCCAACCACCACAGCAGCUCAAGCUGGCAACAGUGUUAAGGUUUCCGAGAAUGGAUCUGCUACCACAACCAUGGAUGCCCCAAAGGGUGCUAAGCCAGUAGUUGUGGCUGACAAGAGAAAUGUUGCAAACGGGGUUGCUAAUGGUUGCUAAUCUCUGCGAAAUGCAAGAUGGCGGUCCUCGCUCUCCAUUGAAUAGUUUUGUUACCAAAAAAAAGAUAAAAAAAAAUCAGAAAGGUGUUUGCUUGCUGCUGAAUAUACUUAAAAGGGCAAACUUUCUGGCAAAAGUAAAUUCUGGGUAUUUCUGGGACUGCCAUUAGAAUCAAAAUCCGAAAGCUUUCGGUCCUGCUUAUGGAGAGAGAGUCAAUAAUUCAUUGAGAGAGGAAGAAGAAUAUGAAGAAGAAGAUUCAAUCUAGGGCAAUGUUGGUGAGAGGUGUCUCAUGUAGAAUUUGGAGUUUUUUUUUUCUUUUUUAAUAUUUUGCUACUACAGUGGGGUUUAGAAUCACCUAACAAGGUUUUGAGAUUGCUAGGGUUUUUGGGGGGUGUUAGGGUUUUCUGGUUUUUCUUUUUUUUAGUUGGGUUUUAUUAUUAUGAGAUAAUUUCUUGUCUUUUUUUUAUGGGUUUAUUUUUUUUUUUUGGUUGGCUUAUAUUUUCCCAGUCUUGUAAAUCUUUGCAGAGGUCAGCUUUUGAUUUUCUUGUCUUGUAAGAAAGAGAAAGAGAGAGAACUAGAAAAAAUCAAGGUGGGAAAUAUAUAAUUACAAUAUUAAUUAAUAUUAUAAUAGUCAAAAGCAGCUUAUAUAUCUAUAAAUAUUUUUAUGAA